CGCGUGACCGACUAAAUGUCCCCACGGGCCACCUACAGCAAAAAUCUCUACGAGAUACUACCUUCCCGCCUCCUCCAGCGGCUCUCUUUCGUCCACCAGGCAACGGGUCGGUUGCUAACUGGCUUGAGGAUUCUCCUCCGUCAGUGCCAACCUCACCCCCUUGAGAGCUCCGGCUUCCCUCUGUCAGAUAAGUUCAAACACAAACUACAAAAAAAAACAAUUUACUUUGUGGAUUCCUACAUUUUCAGAUCCCUCAGUGCCGUGCAUCUGCGAGCCAACCUUCACAGCUCCUCACAGGCCACCGGAACACAGACGGACCCUUACUGCAGACUACCACUCGAGAUCGUUCCUCUCGAGUUCUCUCGAGUUCUCCCACUUUCGUGUUCGAGAACGGACUGCGACUCACAAAUUUGUCUUAGAUUGGGCGCCAUUAUUGUUACGAACCUGUUUUAG